AGUCAAGUACCGUGCUCACAUUUCUUUAGACACCGGGUGUCGAGAAUCAUCUCAUUAAUCUAUGAAUAACAUGUAGAUUUAACAUUUUUUUUUUUCUUUUUUUUCUUAUUAAUUUAAUUUGUUGGUCAUUUUUUUAUUACCUUCUCUUAAUUUCGUUACUGCUGUAAACUCAACACUUAUUAACAAGUUUCGUCAAAUUUUCGGGAAGAAAAAGACUGUUGGGCAUCAUCGACGGUCUACAGGAGCUGAAAAUGGAAAAGAGCGAACUUUCCUACACGAUUGAUCUUGUACAUGAGGCACACAUUUUUCGCCUUUAGAACAAAUUUGAAAUGAAGUUGGUUAAAGGUUAAAUUAGACGAACACUUACUAUUUGUUACUGUUAAAGUACCUAAGAACUUUGAAAAUGAGUACCAUACUCGAAAAAAUUGCGGACAUCGAGGCCGAGAUGGCGAGGACGCAAAAGAACAAAGCGACCUCGGGCCAUUUGGGUCUGCUAAAAGCCAAACUUGCCAAGCUCAGACGAGAACUGAUUACCCCUAAAGGCGGUGGUAGCAGCGGUGAGCAGGGCUUUGAAGUCGCCAAAACUGGCGAUGCUCGCAUUGGAUUUGUAGGCUUUCCCUCGGUCGGGAAAUCGACUCUUCUUAGUACCCUUGCUGGAGUAUACUCCGAAGUAGCUGCCUAUGAGUUUACAACUCUUACCACAGUUCCUGGCUGCAUCAAGUAUAAAGGAGCCAAGAUUCAGCUUCUGGACUUGCCAGGUAUUAUUGAAGGUGCUAAAGAUGGCAAGGGUAGAGGUAGGCAGGUCAUUGCUGUUGCAAGAACCUGUAGCUUGAUUUUCAUUGUCUUGGAUGUCUUGAAGCCCCUAGGGCACAAAAGGCUCAUUGAGCACGAGUUGGAAGGCUUUGGCAUAAGAUUGAAUAAACAGCCACCUAAUAUUCACUUCAGGAAGAAAGACAAGGGAGGUAUUAAUUUACAAACUACUUGCACACAGUCUGAACUUGAUUUGGACACUGUCAGGACUAUUUUAUCAGAGUAUAAGAUUCACAAUGCUGAUAUCACUCUCAGAUAUGAUGCUACAUCAGACGAUCUGAUUGAUGUUAUUGAAGGUAACAGAAUAUAUAUACCAUGUAUUUAUUUGUUGAACAAAAUCGAUCAAAUCAGCAUCGAAGAGCUCGACGUUAUUUAUAAAAUACCUCACUGCGUGCCAAUAUCUGCUCAUCACAAGUGGAAUUUCGAUGAUCUACUAGAGAAGAUGUGGGACUACUUGAAACUUGUCCGGAUUUAUACCAAACCUAAAGGCCAAUUACCGGAUUACAAUGCACCAGUAGUUUUGAACACAGAUAGGCGAACUAUUGAAGAUUUUUGCAAUAAGUUACACAGAACUAUUGCCAAGGAAUUCAAGUAUGCUUUGGUGUGGGGCUUAUCAGUAAAGCAUCAGCCACAGAAGGUUGGAAAGGAUCAUGUCUUGAAUGAUGAAGACGUUGUGCAAAUCGUGAAGAAAGUGUAGUGCACCAACAAACACUUAAUUCAGUGAUUAUUAUGAUUAACAAACUUUAUUUUGAAUAAACUAUUUCAACUAUUUAUAAAUAGCUUUAAUUAUUUGCUCUUGAAAAGCUGCAUUUGGCUGUCAUACUAUUAUUUUACUGAUAUUUUAAAUUAUAAGUCAAUUUAUUUACGGAAUAAAUUUAUUAAGCUAUCAAGAUGUGUAGGGACAAAAUUAACGCUUUCUACAAAACUUCCUUUGUAAAUUAUAAU